AUGCGACCAUGGGCAUUGGUGCUUUUGUUGGGGUGUUUGUCCAGUAUCAAGGGUCAUCGGCAAACAGAAAGCAUGUUGGCGCUCACGGAGGAUUCACCAGAGAGGUUCGAUCGAGGUGAGAAGGAGGAGGAGGUGAAGAGUAAGAUCUCGAAUUCCCUUGAGAGUGUGAGUGCUGCAGAGCCGAUGGGAGCAGAUCAAGAAGGAGUCAAGUCAACAACACAAGCAGGACCUACUCAAGACAGAAAACGAGACCUGUGGCUUGCGUCGGAGAGAGUUAUCCAUAUGCAACCUGGCCGGAUAGGCUGUUGGCUUGACCUGAGCACCGGUAUGAUUCGAAAGGUCUAUGAAGGGACACAGGCUGAAGGCCUUGGCCUUGAAGUGUUCGACUACAUCACCAAAGUUGGAUCUGCCAAGUUUAGCACCGCAGCUUUGGAAAACGCUAUGCACGGGUCAAAAGACUUUGAUGUGACAGUGGAAAAGCCUUCUGAAGUGGUCUGGGUUGUGCAAUGUUGUCUUUGGUGCUUGUACAGACCUGCAGGAGCGGUGGGUUGUUUGCUUUUGCUCGGCUUGCCUUACAUAAUCUAUCGAGGCCUCCUGUUUGGACUGGAUUUGGACAGUAAGACACUGUUGCACCCGGCAGUGCGUCUUGUGGUCUGCGCAAGUGUUGCCUAUGCUUUGGGGAAACUUGGCUGGUUGCUCCUAGACUGGUGCUAUUCAGGUCUUGGGUACAAGAUCAGAUUAGCUUCAAAAGCAGCAGGUAUUCUGGGGCUGGUGAUGGGUUGGCUGCUCAAUCUCUCCAAUCCUUUGCUGAACGUGAGGCUCCGCAGCGACAGCAUUAAGGUGCUGAGGAUGUCCAACGUGAGUGCCUUACUAUGUUGUUGCACGUUUAGUUUGUUUCGAGGCACAGAGGUAGCGUGUCGGUUUUGUCCACGCAGCAUAGAAGAAGCCAAGAGAACGUCUUUGGGAGCGACCUUCUUGGAUGUUCUUUAUGACAUUUCAGAUAUCCCGCAUGCAUUCCUAGUCCUCGGAUUCACCUGUCUCACUUCACAAAUUUGCAUGGCAGCACAACAGAGAAUGGUUGAGGUAAGUGAAGGGCUUCCUUGCGAACCAACACAAUUUACAGAGUGUGUGCACAAACCCUGUGCCGAGCUGCUGCGUGACAUUCCUGCAAACUUGGGUCCCAUUGGACUGCCCAUCCUGCUCGUGAUUUGUGACAUGUUGCCCGCAUGCUUGCGAUUCUACAACGAGUCGAUGCUCCUGUACGCGUCCAAGAUCACCCGCGGGUUGCCAGAGUACUGGUGCGACGUUGCGUGCAAUGCCUUUGUGCUUGCAGGCUGUACACUCGCUGUGGCCGUGGGACCUCUUCAGCUCUCCCGGGGCCUCCGAGUGUUCGAGCAUCAACUAACGAAUGCACGACGUUUGGACAGCAACAUGAACCUGCAAGUCGAGGCGGUGGAAGCUAUGCUGGCACAGGUGAACGAUGGGAAAGGCUGGGGGAUUCCCGUCUUCGAGGGCUUUGUCCUGACCAAGUCAGUCAUGCAGACUCUGUGCCUGCGCCUCCUGCUCGCUGGCACUGUAAUCAAGGCUUUCCUUGACACAGAGCUUGGCUUUCACCAGGAAGAGAAGGAGCGAUCGAACAUCCAGCUGGCAGCAAUUGUGGACGGCUUGCGCAACAUGACCAGUUUCUUCCAGAACCAGUCGACCUCGUUCCUCACAAAUCUGGAGAAUCCGACUUCCUGA